GCCGAACUCUUUUUUUUUUUUUUGACGCGCGGGAGGGGAGGGGAAGUCGCGCGCCUGGAGCAGCGGGGGAGGGGGAGCCCCUCCUCCUCCCCCCCCCCCCGCGGCUCCUACAGACGCUUCGGCGGCUCCUCCAGUCAGCAGCGGCGCGAGGCUCGGCCGUUGGCCGCUCGCGCCGAGUCUCUUCAGGGCGUCAAGGAAAAGAGGCUCCCUUUCGACGCCUCGGCGACAAAAGCCGGCUGAGGGGGAGGAGGAGCUCGGCGAGAAGCAGCCGCUCGCCUGCCCGUUUCCCUUCUCUCGGUCUUCCCGGCGGCGGUGGCAGAAGCGGCGGCGGCUGUCGGUCCGCCCGCCCCGCCGCACCAUGCCGCGGGUCGUCCCGGACCAGCGGAGCAAGUUCGAGAACGAGGAGUUCUUCAGGAAGCUGAGCCGGGAGUGCGAGAUUAAAUAUACUGGCUUCAGGGACAGACCACACGAAGAAAGACAGGCCAGGUUUCAGAAUGCGUGCAGGGAUGGGCGAUCUGAGAUAGCUUUUGUGGCCACAGGAACCAAUCUGUCUCUCCAGUUUUUUCCGGCCAGCUGGCAGGGGGAGCAACGGCAGACACCAACCCGAGAGUAUGUUGACUUUGAAAGAGAGGGAGGCAAGGUCUACUUGAAAGCGCCUAUGAUUCUUAAUGGUGUUUGUGUUAUUUGGAAAGGCUGGAUAGAUCUCCAAAGAUUGGAUGGCAUGGGCUGCCUAGAAUUUGAUGAAGAGCGGGCACAGCAGGAGGAUGCAUUGGCACAGCAGGCUUUUGAAGAAGCUCGGCGAAGAACUCGUGAAUUCGAGGAUCGAGACCGGUCUCAUCGGGAAGAAAUGGAGGUGAGAGUUUCACAGCUGCUGUCAGUUACUGGCAAGAAGGCAACAAGACCCUAGCCCCGGAUCGAACCUAGGAAGUGGCGAUGACCUGAAACUACGUUGAAAAUAGUGACCAAUGAGCCACACGUACUUUUUAACCUUGGCAAAUGAUGGAAUUGAAUGACCAGAAACUGUGAUAUAACUGGGUAUAUGCGAUAGUCCUAUUCCCUGACCUGCGGCAGCCAAACUAUCACAUACUGCCAUGGUUUGCACUAUGUUUGUGUUACAAUACCUGCAUUUCUGUCCUUUAAGCCUGUCGCCAGUGCAAAAUUUGUGAUUUUUGUUUUUUUCUAUGCAAGUUUGUCAUUUUGUUGGCACUAUUUUAGUGAAGACAGAACUUUAUGCAGCUAUAAAAACAAUUCCUUCACUGUAAUAUUCAUUUCAGAAUAGGUCGGAACAUUGCAGAAUAAAAGAUUUUUUUUGUGAAUUUACUAUAAGCCAAAACUUUCUAAACUGAUUUUUUGUAUGGGCUUUGGAAGUUUGGUUGUCAUUUGUGUUCUUGCUCUUAGACAGACAUUCUUCAUAGUUCUCUCUCUCUCUUUCUCUCUCCCUCUCUCUCUCUCUCUCUGUGUGUUUGUGUGUGUACUUUUCUCUUUCUAAAUUUACAGCUCAUUUUACCCUAGUAAUACAAAGUUGUUGAUUUAGUAAAUUAUGUGUUUAUAAUUUUCAAAAUGGUAAAAUCCCUUGAUAAAUCAUCUGCAUUUCAGUUAUAUUUUACAUGGCAAAGUAUCAAGACGUCAGUCAACACAUUCUGUUACAUCUUCUCUUCUACACAUACUAGUUGGCAGUUAAUGUAUGUUCCUGUAUAGAUAACCUACUGAAAACUCUUUGCAGUCCGGUUUUGUUUUUAUUCAGGGACUUGAAAAAAAAAAGAUCAAAAACGGGAUCCUGCAACUUUUGUGAUUAGGCUGAUGCUAAAACUCAUAUGUUUCAUACAAAUAUAUUGAAAACAGCUGCUGUAGGUGUACUAUAUCUUGUCAUUCUAAAUGAAAUGGAAGUAUGAAUUGAGGCAUUUGAAUAGUAUAAAAAAAAACAGACUGGCCAAAAGAUAUUUUUUAUGUUUUGUUACUAUUGCUACUGUGUUACAUAAUGUUUUCCAUCAGGGUAAGGUUUGGGGAGAACUAAUUAAUGAGGUUCAUUGCCAAGUUGACCUAAUCACUGUUUUUCGUUCAAUCUGUUUUCCUUUCUGAAACUGUUUUGUUCCACAGAUCAUUUCAUUCAGCACACAAAUAUCAAUUUUAUAAAUGAUUACCUCCAAACACUUGGAUGCAACAUUUUUUCUUUGUAUGCCCUUCAGAAUGACUAGGAUACCUGAUUCCUCACUGAUUGUGACAGUUGAACUUAAAGCAGUUACAUAUUCUUUUAAAUUCAAGAUAGCUGAAGAAAAGGGAAUUAGAUUCCUGCCCAAAAUUUUCUCAGUCAUCAGAUGACCCUGUGCUCAAAUAGAAAUGCCUUUGCUUUCUGUCAGAUUUCAUUUAAUAAAUUCUAAUGUUCUUUUCAUGCAUGUUUUUCUUCAUCAUCUCAGAAAUAGUGGUAACAGAUGUUACAUUAUCUGUUAAGUUCUAACCUGGAACAUGCCCCUAUUUUAUUUUACACAAUAGCCUUCCUGAUUUUUUUUCCAGCUUGUAGUUUCCAACAAACCAAAUUAUGUUAGUUCAUAUUAAUUUUGCUCUCUUUCUUUAAAUACCCCUCCUUCCUGCCAACCUUAUCUAGAACUGUGCUGCAAACUGCAUCUUAAUGCUGGCAUUAAGAUCGCAAACUCCUGGCACUCUGCUAGCUAGUCUUUAAGUUAUUGAUGCAAUUUUGAUAUUUUUUCAUGAUUUCUAUUUAAGCAGAAGUUGCAUCAUCUUUCUUGAACUCACCUCUUAAGAGUUGCCUUAAGCCCCAAGAUUGCUUUUGCUGUCUUUUUGUGUUAUGUUAACCAUAAUGUUCAUAAUAAACUUCUGUAUAGUGAAAAAA